GAAAACACCUUUUCUUCCACUCCAAAAUCAUGCCAGACAAGUAUUCGGUGAUUCUCCCAACUUACAACGAGAAGAAGAACCUUCCUAUCCUCGUGUACUUGCUUUCCAAGUCGUUUGAGGCUGCCAAUAUCGACUGGGAAGUUAUUAUUGUGGAUGAUAACUCACCUGAUGGAACUCAACUCAUAGCCGCUAAAUUGGUGGAUCUCUUUGGAAAGAACCAUAUUCAAUUGAGACCUAGACCAGGAAAGUUGGGUUUGGGAACGGCUUAUGUUCACGGCUUACAGUUUGUCACCGGUAACUUUGUGAUCAUCAUGGAUGCUGACUUCUCUCAUCAUCCUGAAGCUAUUCCUGAGUUCAUCCAGAAACAAAAGGAGGACGAUUUUGACAUUGUCACUGGAACGCGUUACGCCGGUGACGGUGGUGUCUACGGAUGGGAUUUGAAGAGAAAGUUGGUUUCAAGAGGUGCCAACUUCUUGGCUGAUUUCUUCUUGAGACCCAGGAUUUCUGAUUUGACCGGUUCUUUCAGAUUGUACAAGAAAGACGUGUUAGAAAAAGUCAUCCAGGAAACCAAAUCAAAGGGAUAUGUGUUCCAAAUGGAAAUGAUUGUCAGAGCCAGGACCUUAGGUUACAACAUUGCUGAAGUGCCCAUUAGCUUUGUCGACAGAUUAUACGGGGAUAGUAAGUUGGGAGGCUCUGAAAUCGUUGGCUACUUAAAGGGUGUGUGGGCUUUAUUUACCGAUGUUUAAUUUAACUCGAUAUUGUUCAAAGU